UCUUCUCCUUUUCCCCCCCUCUUGUUUUUGUUGUUGUUGUUGUUGUUGUUUUUUUUUUCUCUCUCUCUCUUUUCCCUUUAUCUCUCAGUUUCAUCUUUCCGGCGCUGAAUUUUCAUCCUCUGAUUGUCUUCUUCCCUUUCGUUUUCUUCGAUUUCCCUUUAUCUCUUGGAGAAGGUUUCAGAGGAAUUCAACUCUGAUACUCCUCGUUUGUUCUCUUUAAAUACCCUUUUUGGGACCCUUAUGGAACAGUGGAAGACCGGAGAUUUCUCUCAAUCUAGUGUACCAGCUGAUUUAGUUCCUUCCUCGUCUCUUCAGCCUCAGCCUCUUGCUGUGUCCUCCACUCGCCACCAUAGCAACCAGCUUACUGAAUCCAGGUUAAGAACAGAUGCAGAAGUAAAAGAUCCCAUAGCAGUGAGAAAAAUUCAAAAAGCAGAUCGUGAAAAAUUGAGGAGAGACAGACUGAACGAACACUUUCUUGAGCUAGGAAACACAUUAGAUCCAGAUAGGCCUAAAAAUGACAAGGCUACCAUCCUUACAGACACUAUCCAAAUGCUGAAGGAUUUAACUGCCGAAGUCAAUAGAUUAAAGGCUGACUAUGAAGCUCUUUCUGAAGAAUCACGUGAGCUAACCCAGGAAAAGAAUGAGCUUAGAGAAGAGAAGGCUUCAUUAAAAUCAGAUAUUGAAAAUCUAAAUGCUCAGUAUCAGCAAAGACUGAGGGUCAUGUUUCCCUGGGCCACAAUGGAUCCAUCGGUUGUCAUGGGGCCCCCAUAUUCCUACCCAGUUCCUGUUCCUGUUCCCCCUGGGCCGAUUCCCAUGCAUCCGUCAUUGCAGCCCUUCACCUUCUUCGGAAAUCAGAAUCCCGGCGCUAUUCCCAACCCCUGUUCCACAUUUGUCCCAUAUACUGCUGCUGCCAAUCAUCAUCAUCCGAUCGAUCAGCCAUCCGCCCAAUAUGCUUCCAACUCACAUAUAUCUAGCAAACAAGAUUCCAGAAGUAAAUCAUCAGAUCAGCACAGGCGUAGUAAUGUGGAAAGAUGUGAUGAAUCUACCGAUGUAGCCACGGACCUUGAACUUAAGAUGCCUGGAUCUUCAACACAGCAGGAUGCAUCCUCUGGAAGUAAGAAAGCUAAGCAGUCGCAAAGGAAAGAAAAAAGUGUCACGGAUUGUAGUUCUUCGAGUAGGUUUUCUUCAUCCCAAGUUCUUCAAGAUAGCUCCUCUAACAGCGUUGGCGACAUCCCAAAACAGAACAACUAAAUUCAAGGUCACUGUCCUCGUCGAAGUGAUCAAAUUCAAGAUUACUGUUCUCAUCAAAGUGAUUAAAUUCAAGGUUGUUCCUUCCUUCUCCAACCAAAUAUGCUUAAGUUCCCAUAUUAAAAAUGUGAGGAGUCAUUCCUCAUUCGGUAACUACUUGCCUUAACUAACUAUGGCCAUGAGUGAGAUGCGAGAUAUUAUGGCUGCUAUCGACAUCUAAUUUAACAUCAUUUCUCCGGUGCCCUGCAUACUGUUAUAGGCUGACAUUGACAUCAUUUCUCUGGUGCCCUGCAUUUAGGGAGUGGUUAAGUAAAAUGUCUGCUUGUAAAUAACUGUCCAUGUGCUCUGUCCUACUUGUUAUAAGACUAUUGCAUAGGCCAUUCAUAAUGGGAAAAAGUCCAAAAGCUCUCUAAGUGAAGCUGGAAAAUGCUUAUGUUCA